UACCUUCUAGCGUUUUCCUUUCCUUUUCCCCUCUUUUCUCUCUCUUCCCCAGUUUUUCCGUCCUUCAUUCCAUUUUCUCUCUCAUUCAUAAAUUCUCAUGAGAACCUUCUAGAAAUGCUUUCAUAAUUCCUCCGUCCCUUCCCUCCUUCCACUUUUUCCCUCAUCUCUCUCUCCCCGCUUCUGGCUCACCUUCCGACGAUGCCGGUCUUGAACCCUCCCAAAGACACCACUUUCAGGUAAAUUUUACGAGUUAACCUGAUCUCAGGGUCAUAUUUUCCGGUGCUUUCUGGCUAGUUUUAUAUGGCUCCGCCGCCGGUGGAUCACAACGGCGAGUCCACGGCCGGUGACACCCAGAGAUCUAUUCCAACGCCGUUUCUCACCAAAACGUAUCAGCUCGUCGACGACCACACCAUAGACGAUGUUAUUUCGUGGAACGAAGACGGAUCCACUUUCAUCGUUUGGAACCCUACCGAAUUCGCCAGAGAUUUGCUUCCUAAAUAUUUUAAGCACAACAACUUCUCUAGCUUUGUCCGCCAACUCAACACCUAUGGAUUCAGAAAGGUUGUACCCGAUCGGUGGGAGUUCUCGAACGAGUGUUUUCGCAGAGGCGAGAAACGGCUUUUGUGCGAGAUACAGCGACGGAAGAUUUCAACACCUUCGACGCCGCCAACGAUGUCGCCGGUCGCGAAGGCCGGAGCCACUGCGACUGUGGCAGUGCCGACGCCGGUACCGUUGACUUCUAUACCGACGGCGAUGCCUAUCAUAUCGCCAUCAAACUCAGAUGAAGAGCAAGUGAUUUCGUCGAAUUCGUCGUCCUCGAAAGCUCCGGCUGACCUCAUAGAUGAGAACGACAGGCUGCGGAAAGAGAACGUCCAGCUGUCGAAGGAAUUAGCGGAGAUGAGAUCUCUCUGUAACAAUAUUUUCUCUCUGUUAUCCAACUACACCAACAACCAAAACGAUGGUGCUUUGCAAGGAAAAGACGCCGUGAAACCGCUGGAUUUGAUGCCGUCAAAACGGAACUCCGGUGAGGCGGCGGAAGAGUUAAAUCCGAAGCUGUUUGGGGUGGCGAUUGGGGCGAAGAGAGCGAGAGAAGCGACCGCUGGAGCGGAGGAGGAGGACACACUGUUAAGCUUACACCAGCCGGGGCCAACGGAGGUGAAAUCUGAGCCGUUGGAUUGUCAGAACGUUCGAGAGAAUCAGGAGACACCGUGGCUGAAUCAGUGCGACAUGGCUAAUCAGAGUGUGUGUAAUUAAUUAAUGGGCACACACCAGUGGGGGAAUAUGCUUAGAUCAGGAUAGGAACGGCAUAGAGAAUCCGGGUCCCGUAAUACGGAGACGCACGUACGAGCCAAGGGUCACGUGCGUCGUUAACCGAGUGGGACCAGUUCCUAGAAGUUUCUCAGAGGCGCAUUCACGGAGUCUGCAUCUUUGAAAAGAAAACGAUGCGCUCUCUCUCUCUGUAGUUUAAUUAUUUUGCCUUUCUAUUUUUGCAUUGAAUUCAACUUUGGUCUCUGUAUUGUAGAUUAGAUCAAAAUUUAUGUAGAUCCCAUAUUUUUAUUACUAAAUUUCGUCGCCCUAAGGAAGCGAAUUCAGAAA